AUGGGGGUGAUGUCAUGGUUUGGAGUCGUUUUUCUUUCUUUUGCGUUCGCUGCUCAUUGGAAUGCCAACCGCUUGGUGUAUGGCUUGUGCCGGUUAAUUACACCUGACGAGGGGUCUUCACACGCCCGGCUCGGGCCCGCACGUGUCGUCGUCCUCGACGACGACGAUGGGCUCCAACGCGCGGCUCGACAGCAUCUCGAAGCGCAACCACGCGGGGCCGCGCGCGAGUUGGAGACACUCCUCUGGCGCGCCCUCUGCGACGACCCGGCCUCGCUGCGCGACUAUUACCUCGCCCACCACGACUGCGUCAUGACCAACCCGCUGCUUGCCCCGGGCGGGUCGUGGGCGCCCCUGAGCAAGGAGACGCGGCCGAGCGUGGUCGACGUGCUGACGCAGCCCGGCCGCAGACGAGGAGGAGGAUGA